CCUACCUACAUAUAACGUGAGCCACCCAUAUGCCAUAUCAACACCUUCAUUCUCCAUUCUCUCACUCACACGACAACCAAGCAAGCUCGAAGUCUGCGAAGGACAGGAAAUUGGAGGAUCAAACUCCAUGGGAGCGGGGAUGAAGCGAGCAAGGAACGAAGAGGUAUUGUCGCUGGCGCUGGCACUGAGCACGGACUCAUCGACGUCGUCCACGACUUCAGCUGACUCAGCCGGGUCACCGGCCAAGAAAGCACGGAGACGCACGAGGGGCGCCGUGCUGGCGACGUCGGGUGAGGGGGAGUUCGUGUGCAAGACGUGCGGCCGAGCCUUCGCCUCGUUCCAGGCGCUCGGCGGGCACCGCACGAGCCACCUUCGGGGCCGCCACGAGCUGGACCUCGGCGUCGGCAUCGCCAGGGCCAUCAGCGAGCGGAGAAGACGGGAGAACAAGCAGCACGAGUGCAGCAUCUGCGGCAUGGGGUUCGAGAUGGGCCAAGCGCUCGGGGGUCACAUGAGGCGUCACCGCGAGGAGAUGGCUCUGCGCGGCCGCGGUGACGACGACGACCAGUUGGUGUGGCGCGGCGUCGCGCUACAGCCGGGUCAGGUGGUGACGGGGCACCAGGCCACUGCCAACCAGCCGCCCGUCUUGCUCAAGCUGUUCGUCUAGGUAGCUAGCUGGAAAGAAGAAAGACGAUACGCUUUUGUUUCUUUAAUGAUGCGUGGAGCACUUAUAAAUGUGUUUGAUUGGAAUGGGAUA